AUGAAUACUGGUGUUACGGGCGAAAAUAUUUACGACUUUAAUUCGGAAGAAAAUGCUGCAAAAUGGAAAGGUCUCUUGACUGCUGCAUUAAAAAAAGUUUUAGAGCAAGUGCACCCUUCAUUAGGUGCAAGAGAAGAAGCUUUAGAAUAUGUGGAAAGCCUAUGCUUGCGUCUUCUUGGGAUGCUGUGUGCCAAACCAAGUCCUCACACAGUUCAGGAUGUUGAAGAUCGGGUAACUAGUACUUUUCCCACACCAAUUGAUAAAUGGGCACUAAAAGAAGCCCAAGAAGCACUUGAAAGAGGAAAGAAAAAGUCAGUAUUACAGCUGCCUGUUGAUAAAAUUCAUUCUUUAUUGCAAAAAGAACUUUUGCUCUACAAAGUUGAUUCCACAGUGUCUUUAUUUCUGGUGGCAGUUUUAGAAUACAUCUCAGCUGAUAUUCUAAAAUUGGUUGGGAACUAUGCAAAGAACAUAAAGCAUGUAGAGAUUACUUAUCAAGAUGUGCAGAUAUCUAUGAAGGUAGACAAAGCUCUUAUGGAUAUGUUUUAUCAAGAUGAAGGGGGAGGUUCGAGUAAUUUAAACGAAACACCGGUGAUGCUAUCAACAGCACCCAGGACCAGUCUUACUUAUGAAGAAACUGUCAGAGAACUCAUUGCUUCUGAAAAAGCUUAUUUGAAGGAAUUGCACAUGUUGAUCAAAGUAUUUAGAGAGGAAAUUAUUAAGUUGAAUCCAGGUCCGCAGGAUAUAGAGAAGAUAUUUUCAAAUAUUAUGGACAUCUACGAAUUGACUUACACACUGUCGGGUAGCUUAGAAGAUGUUAGGGAAAUGGCCCAAGAGAAGAUGCCUUAUAUUGGUAGCUGUUUUGAAGAACUUGCAGAAGCAGCAGAAUUCGAUGUAUACAUCAAAUAUGCUAGAGACGUCACAUCACCGAGUUGUAGAGAAACUUUGAACACUUUGUUGACUAGGCCCGAAGUUCAAAGCUCACUUAACACUGCAGGGCAAGGGAUGCCGCUCGCUCUUCGAUACUACUUACCAGCAUUGCUCAUGGGACCUAUAUGGCAUUGUUUUUCGUAUUUGGAUUAUAUAACGAUAUUAAAGGGUUUGACGCCUUCCACCGAGGAUAGGGAGACGUUGGCACAAGUCGAAGGAUUGUUGAAGCCCUUACAAAUUACGUUAGGAAGUUGUGUUCCCACUCAAACAUUACCCAGGAGUUCAGCUCCGCUUCCCCAGGCGAGAGCAAGACGACAAGCAGCACUUAUAAAGAUCCACGAACUGGAAAAGAUCGUAGAAAACUGGGAUUCAAAGGAUCUGGGGCAGUGUUGUAACGAAUUCGUUAAAGAAGAUACUUUGAUCAAAGUUGGCAACAAUAAAAGACUGACCGACAGACGGGUGUUCCUUUUCGAUGGUCUGAUGAUACUCUGCAAACCAAAUUCAAGGAGGCAGAGUUCAGUGCACCAUCCGAGUCAUCCCGAAUGCAAGCUCAAGGAGAGGUUCUUCAUUAGAAAAGUGGAAAUCAUAGAUCAUCAAGAUACGGAAGAAUUAAAACAUGCCUUCGAAAUAUCUCCGAGGCAGACUCCUUCUGUCAUUCUGUGUGCCAAAUCGAUGGAAGACAAGAAUUCUUGGAUGGCGGAUUUGGUGAUGCUGAAUAAUAGGUCUAUGUUGGAGAGAGUGUUAGAUAGUAUUCUGUCGGACAUCGAGAGGAAGCACCCGCUGAAACUUCCUCCUCCUGAACUAUAUAAGUUCGCCGAACCCGAUUCUAAAGAUAACAUUAUUCUCGAACAGAGAGAAAAUGGCGGAGUUCCUCUAAUUAAAGGCGCAACUAUAUAUAAACUUGUUGAAAGACUGACUUACCAUAUUUAUGCUGAUCCAAAAUUCGUCAGGACCUUUCUGACGACGUACAGGAGCUUCUGUUCACCCACAGAACUACUAGAUCUGUUAAUUGAACGGUUCCAAAUACCAGACCCGUCUCUAGUCUACGAACAAGACUGUUGUGAUACUGAUAAAAUGCAGAAAAGUAGCCAAAGGGAAGAUUGGAAAAAGUAUAGGAAGGAAUAUUGUCAACCGGUGCAAUUCAGGGUAUUAAAUGUGUUACGUCAUUGGGUAGACCAUCAUUUUUAUGAUUUCGAAAGAGAUGCAGCGCUUUUAGUGAAAUUACAAAACUUUUUGGAUUCCGUACAUGGAAAAAGUAUGCGGAAGUGGGUGGAUAGUGUCAUUAAAAUCGUCCAAAGAAAAAUGGAAAACGAUAACCAAAGGCACAUAAAAUUUGCCUUUGACGAUCCACCGCCUCCCAUCGAAAGACAUAUCAACUGUCCAGAGGACGAGUACGGCAUUCUGACAUUACACCCAGUAGAAUUGGCGAGGCAACUUACGAUUCUCGAAUUCGAUUUGUAUAGGACAAUUAAACCAUCUGAAUUGGUCGGUUCGGUGUGGACGAAGAGAGAUAAAGAAACUACUAGCCCCAAUUUGUUAAAGAUGAUCAAACAUACGACGGAUUUUACGCGUUGGCUUGAAAAGAACAUAGUUGAAGCGGAAAAUUUCGAAGAAAGAGUCGCAAUAGUAAACAGGGUAAUCGAAAUUAUGAUUUGCCUGAACGAUAUCAACAACUUCAAUGGAGUUCUCGCGAUAGUGUCCGCACUUGGAUCAGCUUCGGUGUAUAGGCUGCAUUGCACUUUCAAUGCGUUGACUGUGCCAAAUCGGAAGGCACUCGAAGACAGCCGGAAAAGCGACGAUCGUUUCAAAAAGUACCAGGAGAAAUUGAGAUCCAUCAAUCCCCCUUGCGUUCCAUUCCUAGGCAUGUAUCUUACGAACAUCUUACAUAUUGAAGAAGGUAACCCGGACUUCCUUCCCAACACUCAGCUCAUCAAUUUUUUCAAAAGGAGGAAAGUGGCGGAGAUCACCGGAGAGAUCCAACAGUAUCAGAACCAACCGUACUGUUUUAGUGUUGAGCCAAGUAUUAGGCAUUUUCUAGAAACGUUAAAUCCAUUCGGAGAAAUGAACGAUACGGAAAUCAGUAAUUAUUUGUACCAAAAAUCUUUGGAAAUCGAACCGAGAGGCAGUAAAAUACCUCCGAAGUUCCCUAGGAAAUGGCCGCAUUUGAAUCUGAAGAGUCCUGGUAUCAAAACCGUAAAGACUGCAAAGAGUGUGCCUAGUGCCGUUGCGAAUACUAUCAGUCAGACUUUGAACUCUACGAUAAAAAGUGAUGAUUCCAAGAGCGAAGAUUCUUCCAGGUCUGAUAAUGAUUUUAGUGUUUUUGCACCGGUACAGUUGGGAACUGGUCAGAACAGUCCUACUUUAAGUCCAGUUUCUCCAGCAGCGUCCAAUCCUAUUAUGAACUGGUUCCAUCACACGAGGAGUUCAAGCGUUAGUUCCAUUAUUUCUACCACGUCUUUCAGACCGUCUAGGACAGAACCUAUACCACCAUCAAUACCGCAGAGAUACAGUCACAAUAGCCAGAGUUCAACUGGUGGACCGAACAGUCCCGGUCCUCAUAGUCCCGUCUCUCCCGGACCUCAUCUGCCCACCGAACCCAUCAGUCCUCGUUUACCUCCUACCCCUCCACCGCCACCCCCACCUUUGCCACCAAGGAGGAGAAGGGAUAGCCCUGAGAUUAGUUCGCCACAACAGAUGAGACAGGCGCCAGACGCUCCCAUUCUCCCACCUCGUGACAACUCUCUUCCUCGUGAUAAUUCCCCUCCACCCUUACCACCACGAAGAGAGCCGGGAGCAUCGCCCAGUGCUCACUCUCACUCCCAUUCACACUCUUUCCCUCACCAUUUUAUGAAUCCCCUACCAAAUUUAGGAGGACACAGUACUUUACCGAGGUUGAAUCCCACCUAUACUUCUCAACUUCACAUGAGGAGGCAUGCAACAUUGCAUCCACACCCACAGCAGCAUCCUAGCACACAUAACGGGACCAGUUUACCACCAGCAACCCAACCACCCAGUAUUUCUCCCAGAUAUACCGUGGAGGUAAAUUCUGGCCAAGUGACUCCUCAGCUGCCUCCUCGACCAACAGUGAGAUCUGCAGGGCUGGCGUGUGGCACCAUGUUCCAGUACCCGACUACGACCACCACUUAAGGAAUUGUAAAAAAGAUAUUUUUAAAAGAAAAAAAAAACUGCAAAAUAUUACGCUUAUCAUCAGGUUGCUUCGCUUGGCCAUAGAUGAAAAAAUUUCGAAAAAUUAUGGAGGGCUUAAAUGUAUUUUAAACGGUUGCAAAAAGACGUUGUUAGACGGUUGCAAAAAGGCUAGUCACAAUUCUCAUAGUUUCCGAAUUGUUAUGGAAACGGGUCUUUAUAUAUUUAAUACAUCUUUAUUGAGAAAUUAUGGUGAAGAUCUGGUAAAAGUGUAGGUUGAUUCAGAUUUAAGGCAGGAAAUAGACAAUUUCCUCUUGUUUCGGUAUACUAUUAGUUUUUUCUAGUUUUCAAUUAAGGUAAUGGUCUGGUUGCUCGAAAUAGUGGGAUUAGUGGCUACUACUUAUUUGUGUUCGAUCAAAAGUAAAAACAAGAAAAUAACCAAGUGUUGUUGUAAAUAUGCAAAUGUUUCAGUAGGAAUAAAAUAUCUAAAAUCUAAAAAAAAAACUGCACAGGACCGUUGCCUUCCUUGUAGACUAAGGUCCAUCAUCCACCAGAAAUUUCUAGUUGAAACUAAUUAUAAUAACAAACGGCGUCCGAAUAAAAAAGGUAAAACAUUAUCAACACCAUCAGAAGAAGAACUUAACACCACCAGAAGCAUAUGUCUAUGUCCUGAUUUAGCUGUUACAUUGCUUCGGUUACUUAUGCCAUCCAUUUUCCGAUUUUUUGUUACUCGUAUUCAUAUUUCUUCUCUUACAUUUAGUCUUCUUUAUAUUUAUCUUUCUAAACUGAAAUCAAGAUGCUGAAGACGUAAUGACGUAGAUUUUAUUGACAUCUGUCAGUUUCACUUUCCAAGCAAACCUUGUUUAGUGUGGAUAAUUUGUAUUCUUCGUUAUUUUUUCAUUGUUUACAGAAUUUUUCCGCUUUUUACGAUAUCUAAGUAUUCUAAUAGUUACUACAACAAUUUUACAAUGUUAUGUAAAUAAUAAAGCAUGUUGUUUUAUAAAAAUAGCAAUCAAAUGCAUGUAUCAAUAAAGUGAGGUUAGAAUUCCUUUAAUUUAAACUUUGAAACUAUAAUUCAUAGAAAUAGAACACUGAAUUAUGAUGGUAUUAUCGUAAAAAACACAAUACUUAAAAGAAGAAGCAACAGAAGAAGAACUUAACACCACCAGAAGCAUAUGUCUAUGUCCUGAUUUAGCUGUUACAUUGCUUCGGUUACUUAUGCCAUCCAUUUUCCGAUUUUUUGUUACUCGUAUUCAUAUUUCUUCUCUUACAUUUAGUCUUCUUUAUAUUUAUCUUUCUAAACUGAAAUCAAGAUGCUGAAGACCGGAAUUAAUGGAAUUGUUAUUAUUAUCUUUAUGCCGUAAAUAUUUAUUUGUAAGCGCCGUCUUAGAUAUUAAUAUCACAUAUUCAACAACCUCUUAUGCCCGAUUUCACCAACGAUACCUAUAUAUCGAAAAGAAUCUCCUAAGUAAAUACUUUGAAACAAUCACGUUUCACAACUAAAAGAACUGCGUACCUAGAAAAUGCUUUCUUAGGUAUUAGCCCGGAUACAUUUGAACUAUUGUUGAUAAAUAAAAAGAAGAAUAAGAUGUCAUAACCUCACUGUUAUUUUUAAUGACCACUUUUUUGACGAAAUCGUGAAUGGGUUUUUGAAAGAAAACACUAGUUUGUUAGGUAGACUAUAUAAUUUUUUCUCUUUAGUAUUAACUUUCGAUGUUAGAAUUAUUGCUUCAAUGAAAAUAUUGUGUAAAUUAGCACAUGCUAUUAUUACAUUUUGUAGCUGUUUCUAAGUUUAAUCUUAAUCCUACACUAAGUACAGGAAACCGCUGUUUUAAUACUCCAUAUUGUCUUUCAACAAUAUUUCUUGUACGAAUGUGGCUACGAUUAAAAAGAAUACUUCUUGCACUUCAUUCCUAAAUAUUGAAUUUAUUACUUAUAUAUUAUUCAGACAUAUUCAGUAGUAAACAUUGAUUUACUUAGUGGAUAUCCACUAUCUCCUAACAAAAUGACAUUGCCAUAUAUCCCAGUUUGAAAAUGAAAACAUAAUCUGCUUUUUUGAAAAAAAUAUAACAGAUUCAUGGGUUAACGCACGCCAGUGACCUAUAAUGAUACUUAUUUUUAAAUCUGGCGAAUAUACUGUUUGCACAUUUUCUGUUUCUAAACAGCUCUGCAUCAUCUCAACCUAUAGUUAUAAGAUGUAAAUAACAUGCCUAUUGUCAAAAUUAUUUAUUGCUUUACCUGGAUUUAAAUGGUUAUGAAUAGUACCAAAGCAACACUUAAUAAUAUAAAAUAAUACACUACCACUAACAAUUAACUACAGAAUAACAACAGACAAAUUAAGGUAAGAAGCAAGUUAUUGACAAACUUCACAAGUACAUUCGUCAAAAAACAUAACCUCACUUUCAACUAUAAUUAAUACCUAAAAUGCUUAGGGAGAUCGCAAAACGUAUCCUACGAUAAGGAAACGCUUAAGCGGUUUAAGCAAUUCUUAGCGUAUGGUGAAAUCAGUUUUAGAGUUAGGAAGUAGAGAUAGUACAAACACUCAUGACCAUGGAGCUGCGCGAAGGCGGAGUCAAAAUUCACAUAAAGGCAGAAAGGUUCUAUUGUACGUGGAAUUAUGCUAACAAAACUGAAACGUUCUACCAUUCUCGUUGCAUAUACAGUGCGUUUCGCAUGGAAGUGGGGACUAAACCAAAUUUCGUCUACUGCGCCGUUGUCAUGAGUGUUUGCACUAUCUCUACCUAAACCCACUUAGGUAAUUCUUAAAUAUUUAGGUAUCGAUGGUGAAAUCGGCCAUUAGAAUCUGAGAGCACUAUCUUUUAUCAGAUCUAUCAAAAAUAUAUCUUAAUAUAAAAAAUUAAGAUAAGUUGAUUAUUCACUUUUUACAACUGUUCGCUUGUGGACAAGUGUAAUAAUUACUUUACCUGUUUACCUGCACUUAAAAUUGCCUCUGAAAUCUAGCCUAGAUUGAUAGGUGGAAUAUAAAUCGAUCUUUAGCUCUGUUCUUAAAUGAGUAUUUUUAUAAAUUGUACAGUUUUGACGAAUUGGUCGCUCGUAAGAAUUGAACGAAGGACAACAAAAAUCAGUGGAAAACAAUGAUAACCUUUCUGUUACCAUUUUUAAUUUAGCCUAAUUAUAACUUUUUGGCGGCUCAAGUUUUGAUUUAUGUCAUUUACAUUAUUCGAAUAUUUUUGUAAUAAUUGUCUUAACACAUACAAGAAUGUUGUUUAUAUUUGUUAAAUAUGGAUUACGACUGUACCAUUUAUAUAUUCCUUCUAGAAUAAAACUGGAGAUCGUCUUAGAAAAUGCGUGCGAAAUUUUUUGAAAUGUUCUUCUGAUUGGUCCAUCAGAUCAGUACAAAUAAGAAAUUCGUGCACUCGUUAUUAGAUUGUACAAUAAGAAUGUUUUUGUUUAAUUUCACAAAGGUCAUUCCAAUAACACAGCGUGUUUUGAAUGAUCAUUCGGUCUUGUAAUGCGAUCAUUCAAUGCAAUGCCGUAGAGUUAGGACAACUUUAAGGAAUAUUUUGCAUUCGUUUCAUAGCAAUAAUAUUCAGUGUCUUAUUAUUAGCCAUUGAAAUGUUUCCGUAAUUAUUAUUUUGUAGUGUGAACAAAGGAGCUGUAAGAUGUAAUAAAUUCAAGACCAAACCAUUUAACAUAAUACGCUUAUAGAUUGUAAAUUGC